UUCGGAGGUCUAGAGGCGGUGAUUACGGCCAUCCUGGACAAAUGGCCGAGCUUGCGGCGGCAUCGUGAAUUGCUCGUCCUUGCCGUCAUUGUUUACUGCUUCUUGGGUGGCCUAGCAACAACAACUUCGGGCGGCUAUUUCGUAUUUGAUCUCUUGGACCGGCAUGGUGCUCAAAUCUCCAUACUCUUCAUUGUCUUCUGCGAAUGUGUUGCCCUCUGCUGGUUUUACGGUGAGUCCAAGCAGUUCCUUCUACCUUCCAUGCCCACUUUUGCUGCCUUUGAACAAGGUACAGGAAGGCCGUGGCAUUUUGGGCCGACGCAAACCCUGUCCGAUGGCUUGCGCUUGUGUGUGUGUUUGUUCCAGUAG